GAGUGUCGAGUUUUCAUAUUGUAGGAGAAUCCUUGAUUAUUCGAACUAGUCGUGAACACAUUCUUUAGAUAAUCGAAUAAUUUUGUUUCGUAUGAUUUAUAUAUAUUUCGGACAAUUUUAUAUCACAUAUAAUAUAUAACAUAACAUUAUAAACAUUAAAAUAAACACUAAUUAUUACAUAGUAUAAGUAAAAUAAAAUUAUACUUCCUAAUUCUAUAAUAGUUUUAAUAUAUAUUAAGUGAGAGUAAAAAUGUUUAAAUUUAAAUGUAUCAAUGUAUCUGUGCAUUCUCUAUUCUUAUUUCUCAAUCUUUCUCAUUUGGGACCACGCCCAAAUUUUUCAUUAAUUGACGUUUCGAUAAUUAAUUGUUUCAUUUGAAGCCAAUCUGUCAAACCAUCUGAAGACAACUCAACCACGUGGCUUUGGCAAUCGCGUCGUGCUUCAUGUUUUUCUUUCGGUAUCGCGUGCGUGAUGAGUGUCACGACCACAUCCGUCGAUUGUGUCGUUUGUAGUCGUGAUAUAUGUACAUUUCUGUCACUUUCCACGAAUAAUCGAGAGUUUUAAAGAAUUUUUGAACACCACACAUACUUUGGAGAUAUUCAAAAGGAAUAUUACAAUCUUUCGUUUAAAUAAGUGUAGUCUGUGUAUAAUAGAGUGUAUUAAUGUAGUGUAUGCGUACAGAUCAUGGCUGUGAAAGAAUGGUUCAGAAGACUGCAGCCCGUCCAAUUGUACCUGAUCCUGUUUUUCACCACCGCUUUUUUUAUCGUUGAAAUGGUCGCCAGUCAUGUGACUCAUUCGCUCACGUUACUCCUCAAUGCCUAUCACAUGCUAUGCAACAUCAUAGCACUUGUUGGUUGUAUCGCCUCCAUCAAGUAUAGCCAUCGUCAAAGCAGCAUUAGUCACAGUGAAAAUAGCGUUUCCAGUUCCUUACGAAAUUCAGUAAUUCGCAUAAAUGGCGAAGAACGCGGUUCUACGACGUCUUUGUCGACGAAAACAAAGCAAUCACGAUCAGAUAGGAGGAUGAAGAAUACAUUUGGCUGGGCGAGAAUAGAUAUCGUUACGAUGCUUAUUUGUUGCGUUUUUCUCGCAUCUUUUUGCUUUUCUUUGCUGGUCGAAGCUUUACAAACUCUGGUGCAUAUAGAUCAUUUGGAUGAAAUGCACCAUCCGAUGCCUGUUCUCACAAUUGGCGCGUGUGGUAUCCUCCUUAAUGCUUUUUGUUACAUACUAAUUGGAGGAUACACCUUCAAUCAGGGUCUUGUUCUCCACGUUACAAUGAAUGGAGAUGUGAUACUACGACGGAACAGUUCGCAGCAAGGGAAAGAAGGCGAAGAACAGUUAUCCUCGCAAACUAGGCGAAGUCCUCUGGGUAUACCAAAAAGCCAAGGUCUACGAGAAACGUGUCGUGAUGCCUUGGGCUGUGUUUUUGUUAUUCUCGUGUCCAUUUUAGUAUAUUUUACCGAUUCUAACGUGGCCAAAUACAUCGAUCCGCUUUUCGCAAUUAUUUCAGCCAUUUCACUCUUCGCACUUAGCUAUUCAUAUAUGAAAGAAUCUGGACUGAUACUGCUGCAAACAAUCCCUAAUCACAUAAACAUUGAUUCUCUUAAGAGAGAAUUACUAGAAGCUUUUCCUGGUAUCGUGAACGUACACGACUUACAUGUUUGGCAAUUAACAGGGCAGAAGAUAAUCUCUACGGUUCACAUCAUAUUCUUGGAUCCAAUGGUUUAUGCCAGUAUUACCGACGAAGUAACAGCCUUUUUCAUACAGAUAGGAAUAACUCAAGUUACAAUACAGCCGGAAUUUUAUAAGUUGAGACCAAAUACGGAAAAAGCCGAUUGCUUGAUACGUUGUCAUGGCGAGCACUGCAGUUCAUCUCAAUGCUGCUCGAAAGAAAAAUUCAUCGAAGAUUCAUGUUCAGACUUAUCAACCAAACAACAAGCACAAUCCAUAAACAAGAAACUAGAAAAAAAGCAGGUUAUUCCAGCUUCCACAAACAUCGAUCUAAAAAGAUUUACUAUCUAUGACGAAGAAGGUUCAAAAUCAUGUCAAUCGAACGAAAAUUUGCCUGACGGACGUUCGUGCCAGCAGGGAGAUGAAGAUACAUACAAUAACAAAGAUAAAGCGAUUGAUAACAGUCUUUAUGCGAUAAAUGUAGUAAAUGUUAACGAUGGAAAUUGUGUUUCGUGUAUUACGAGUCACGAUGAACAGAAUUUAGAGAUAGUAUCUUAACUUUUAAUCCUGCUGGAAUCUGCGAAUUUUCAUAUUUCAAUUGUAUUUAUAUUGAGUGAGAAAUCCUGCAUACCGAUCUGUGUAUUUUGUCCAUACUGAAAACAUUUUUUAACAUUAGAAAUAUAAUUAUUGAAUUUUUAGUUAAAUGAAUUUUUAAUUGAUUUCGUUUAAUAAAAUUUAAUUUAAUAUAGAUAACUAUGAUAAAAUAAUUAAUUUAAUUGUAUAUUUUACAUUCUCAAUGAUAAAUAUUAAUACGAGUAAUAAAAUAGGAUGGAAUUAGAAAUUUAAAAAUGAGGUGAUCUAAUUUUAAACAGUUAUGGCCCUAAUGACCCAAUCUUAACAAUCAAUGUUGAUUUUCAAACGAGUUAUAUAUAGAGGUGCGAGGAAGUUUCCGGCAAAAUAGAUUUCUCACUCUAUGGUCCAGAAACAAUAUUUUAAUAAAUAUUACUAGACAUCCCCAAAAGUUUGUAGCGUUUCUGAUAAUAAUCGAUAUUAAGUUCUACUUUAUAUUUCAAUAGAAUGAAAGAAGGUUAUUUACAAUGGUUAAGAAAAGUAUUUUCAUUUAUUAAUAUGAACAGAAAGACUGGAAACUAGUACUAAAGAAGCACUUAGAAGCUACUGAUUAUGUAUUUCCAUAAACUGAAAAGUACGAGGAAUAUCAUAAUAAUGCAAUGAUGUUAUAAAUAUUAUUUGUUUAAAUUUACCUUGGAAUUUAUCACUAUUUAUAUGAUAUCUGUAUACAUAACAAAUAAAUUUAUGAAAAUA